AUGAUUGCUACCUGUAAAUUGUAUUCUCGUCAGUUGCUGCACUUGCAGAAAAACAGGUGUUUCCAUAACGGUUUAGCUACCCUUCGAAAUAACACUGAAUUCAUAAAGUUUAUGCCAGUUAGCGCAUUAAAACCACGAAUGAGCCCAGAGAUCAGUUCAUUGGCUAACUCUAAACUUCAUUCUUUGAUAUGGCAGGAGCCUAUGAGGAAUAUAUUUGUGACCAAGAAACCUCGUACAAAGUCCACGAAAGACGCAAUGGUAGAGUUUAUUUCUUAUGUCCAAGAUACAUAUCCAGAUAUCAAUAUUAUAGUGCAAAACCGAGUUGCGGAAGAGAUUAAGGAAGCGUUUACACCAGGGAUUGGAAAGUCUGUUAAACAGCAGCGAGUAUUGUACAAAGGCGAGGACCGCGAUAUAGUCGACAAGACAGAUCUUAUGGUUUCACUAGGAGGUGAUGGAACAAUUCUUCACGCAGUUUCGAUGUUUUCGCAUGCAGAAGUGCCGCCAGUGCUUGCUUUCUCACUAGGAACUCUAGGGUUUCUUUUACCUUUUAAAUUUCAGGAAUACAAAUCCGUAUUUGAAUCAAUCUUGAACUCAAAUGCGAAAUGCUUACAUAGGUCAAGAAUAGUAUGUCACUUGGUCCGCAAAGGCGAGAGUAAUAAGACCCUUCAGAAGUACGCUCUUAAUGACAUAUUUGUACAUCGUGGUAACUCGCCUCAUCUAGCACAUAUGGAUAUAUACAGUGGAGGUGUACAUUUGACCAAUACAAUAGCUGACGGGAUCGUGAUUUCCACCCCAACUGGAUCGACAGCAUAUUCACUAUCUUCAGGCGGUAGUAUUGUUUCUCCACUAGUGCCUUCGAUUCUCUUGACGCCUAUCUGCCCAAGAUCCCUGUCUUUUAGACCUGUAAUCCUACCUAGCUCUAGUCAUAUCAAAGUGGUCAUUAGAUCCAAAUUGAACCAAAAUAAUGAGGAGCAGACCCUCAAACUAUCCGUAGAUGGCAUGCCACAGGAAGACUUGCAUGAUGGUGACGAGGUGCAUGUUUUCAGUGAUACAGGCACUAUCCAUCCGGACGGAAUAGACUGUAGUUUUAAAGCUACUGAGUCCAUCAAGUACCAAGGUGUCUACUGCAUCGCCAAGAGCGAGAACGACUGGAUCAGAGGUAUAAAUGAGCUGUUAGGUUUCAACUCUGGCUUCCGAGCAUCUCAGAAAAUAACGUAG